GAGAGAGAGAUGCAGGAAUAGGGAACUACAUAGUUGUAAGACUGCAAAGAGUGAGUGAGAGAGAGAGGGACGGCAGAGAGCGAGAUACAGAAAUAGGGAACUACAUAGUUGUAAGACUGCAAAGAGUGAGUGAGAGAGAGAGGGAGGGCAGAGAGAGAGAGGGAAGGCAGAGAGGGAACAUAAAGUACAUGAAGUUUGUAUUUAAGUUCCUAUAAGUAGAGAAGAACGGAGAAAGUUACAGACUUGGAAACACAGCAUUAUAUCAGGACCUAUAGACACCUGGACCAACCUGGAGAGAACACAACAUUAUAUCAGGACCUAUAGACACCUGGACCAACCUGGAGAGAACACAACAAGAUGAGGAUCCUGCUGAUAGUCAUCCUCCUCUCCUUCAUGACAGGUUGUUUGAGCUCCUUCAAAGUGACAGGAUACUCUGGAGGAACUGUCAUCAUCUACUGUCAUUAUUCCACAGAAGACAGAAGUCGUGAGAAAUAUGUCUGCUUGGGGCAGAACCGUUUGAGAUGUAAGGAUCCAAUCAUAACUGGAUUGAAGAACACCUGGCAGCACAGUGGUAGAUUCUCUCUGUAUGACAACACUGGAGGAAACUACUUCAAGGUGAUCAUCAGACAACUGACCAGACAAGAUGAAGGGACCUACUGGUGUGGAGUGGACAAACCUACUCUACUUGACAGUUAUACCAAGGUAGAGCUGGAGGUGAAGAAGGAUGACUGCUGUGAGAAGUCAGUCACAGAGACGGCCUUUCUGGGAGGAGAAGCUACCAUCAGAUGCAACUAUCCAGAGGACCAUAAGGACGACAUCAAGUAUUUCUGCAAAGAAGACAGUGAAUCUGACUGUGAAAACAAGAUAUCAGAUAUAGAUCAUGAAAAACCUAGAAGAUAUUCUCUUUCUAAGAGAAGAAGAGAGAGAUUCUACACAGUGACCAUCAGUGACCUGACUGAAGAUGAUACUGGGACCUACUGGUGUGGAGUAGAAACCAGCAGGACAGAACAACAUUACAUUACACUGAUCACACAGGUGAAGCUGCUUGUUAUAAAUUGGAGGGAUGUCAAACCAAUCAAUGUGACUGAGCAAGUUGGGGAGACUGCCAGGCUCACUUGUAAAUAUCCAGCAGACCACAAGAAGAAUGAGAAGUUCUUCUGUAAAGGGGACCUUCCUUUAACCUGUGAAGAUAAAGUAACAGCUACAAAACGUAACAUCAUCAUCAGGAAUAAGAGGUUUUCUCUGAGGGACAACAGUGAGAAGACCAACUUCACUGUUCACAUCAAGAUGAUGAGACCAGAGGAUUCUGGGACAUACUGGUGUGGAUCUGAUAGAAGAUGGAGACCUGCAGACUACACUAGAUUUAUCCUCUCUGUGGUGGUACCAACUACCACCAUCAUGAAAACCAAAACUACAGCCCCACCCACAACCACCUUCCUCUCACUAUCUUCACCAUCAUCAUCAUCAUCUUCAUCAUCACCAUCAUCACCAUCAUCAUCAUCAUCAUCAUCACCAGCAUCAUCACUCAACGAAUCUGGUACCUCAGUGGUCAUCAUGGUGUCUGUUAGUCUGGUAGUGUUACUGCUGCUGAUCAGCCUGAUUAUCAUCUACAGAUGGAAAUACAACAAGGACACAGGAUCUGUCUCUUCAACACACAGAGUGAGUCCAGACACAGGAAACAACGAAGGGGGUUGUCAUGGUGAUGGUGACUAUGAAGAGAUAAUGGAGCGCGCCCCAAGGUCAGACUCGGGCGCUGCGACCUCCACCAUCUACACCACCGUCAACUUACCCACAAGCCACUCUGACUAUCCCCACUACGCCAGCGUCAACUUCCACAAGAACCCCAGUAGCCCCAGCGAAGCAACUGCCACCAUUACUAAAGAGGGCAGCUGCCCCAAUGAAGCCACCGCUUCCAUUACUAAAGAGGGCAGCUGCCCCAAUGAAGCCACCGCUUCCAUUACUAAAGAGGGCACGUCAUCAUGUGACUAUGCUACUGUGAACUUUGGUCAAAGCCCACCUACUCUACUGUCAAUCACCCGCACAGCUCCUCUGAGGCUCCUCCCAUCUACUCCACAGUCAGCAAACCCAGAGACACCUGAGUCAAUGGCAACCAAUCUAAAGAUACAUACACACACUGGCGACCAAUCACAAGAUAUAUAUUUUAACUAUAUGCGCUGAUCUCUCUCUCUCUCACUCUCUCUCUCUCUCUCUCUCUCUCUCAAAAAUCCUGGCCAUGAGUGUGCAUGUCUUUCAAUUAUGAGAUGCCCGGUUCUCGCCCAGGUGAGGGGAGGUAUCUCUUGAAUGCCCUGCUCAAAACUGACAACGAGGCUCGAUAUAGGGGUGGAGUUAACAAACUCCGUCUUAACAGUUCAAAGCGAGGGCUUUGUAGAUUAUGAUUAUUUUCAUUAUUAUUUCCCUGUAUAUAAUAUUAUGUCAUGAU